UUCGUCUUUCUCUUUGUGUCUGUUAUCUUUUUUUUUUUUUUUUUUUUUUGGUACAAAUUAUCUUUUGUUUUUCAUUGUGAUCUUUGAUGGACAAAGAUAAACGUGACGAGGCAUUAGUGACCCCUUUGCAAAACCUCAACUUGAAUCCUGGAUCCAACAUCAAGUCCAAAUCCUCCAUUAGAAUCACCCACCCUCAAUUUCCCGGGUUACUACCUAAGAAGACAAAGCCUCCAAGUUUAGUCAACCUCUGCAUUGGAGUUAUCGGAAGACAUUUGGAGGAUAUUAUUUUAGAUUUGGGUGAGAUUGCUGUGAACUUGCCACCUGAUAUAAAGAUAGCAGUGGCAGCUAUUGCUAGACGAAGAAAGUUGCUGAAUGAUGAUGUCCUGAUCGCAUUGGCUGAUACUUCCUGGGAAAUCCUUGAUGUAUCUGGCUCAGAUGUUUCCGAUUUUGGUUUGAUCAAAGCAGCUCAAGUAUGUAGAUUCAUUAAAGCUCUAGAUAUAAGCCGAUGCACCAAAAUUACUGCUGCUGGUAUAUCUGAACUUGUGAAGCACUGCCAUUCAUUGGAGACAUUGAGAUGCGGAGGGUGUCCCAGGAGUGACAACACUGCUCGGAGAUGCUUGAGUAUAUUUAAACCAAGGCUGGAUUUUGUAGAGGAGGAUUCUUGGGAGGAGCUUUAUACGAAAGAAAUUGCUAGUGGUGCACAAUCACUCAGGUGGCUAGUAUGGCCAAACAUUGAUAAUAAUUCUUUAGAGGAUUUUUCCACUGAGUGCCCGCGUAUUGUAGUAAAUCCCAAGUCAUCUCCCUCUGGGUUCAAGGGAACUCAGGUUCCUUGGGAAGCAUUACAAAGUAUCAUAUUGGAUGAUGCAGUUGUGAAGGAUAUUGAUCCCAGAACAUGGACAGUGCAUGGGUUUGCAAUGAAGCCCAUCUAUCCAUCUUCUUCAAGUUCAACUGAAUUAUCAGUGGCUGAAAAAUUCAGACUUGCAUUUGUGGAAAGGGACAACCGAUUAGCUCCAAAGCGAGCAAAAAAUGCUCGGCAACAUCAGCGCCGUGCAGUGCGAGAUUUGAUGUUGAUGAGCACAAGAGCCAAGGCAAUGGUCUUAGCCUCACAAGCAAGCAAGUCUCUUCAGAGCCGAAGCUAAUAGAAUUCUGAAAUCACAUGUAUUUUUUCAGUUACCCUACAAUGUACUAUUAACUUCUUCUGUAUAUAUGUAAGAAGUUUUUCGUUGGACAGGUUUUGAAUCUAAAAUAACUCCUUUAACAAGUUGGAGAGAUCAGAGCUUUGAAUUUGGGUAUUGUUUGAGGUUUUGACCAAGUGAAAAUUUCUUUUCAGUUGUCGAUGGUAUGGAAGCUAAUGUAAUAGAACAUU